AUGUCGGUCAGUUCCCCGCUCGCCAGCAGCGGUGAGAGGGAGCAAUAUGGCCCGCAGGAACAGCGGCAAUAUGGAUUCGUUCCCGUUCAAAUGACAAAUUUAGUUCCCGUACGCGUGGUCAGUGUGCACGGCGACUUUUUCGAUAUGGAAAUACAUCAGGACGCACCGCUGCAUAUAGUUCAGAGAGCAGCUGAGGACUGCUUUAAGGUCCGCCCUGAGUUGCAGUUACUGACGCACAACCGGAAGCCAAUAAACCCCAAUCAGUCUCUGAGGCGCAAUGGUUGUCUGCUAUUGAAAGGCGAUCCGUUUGUCAAAAUUGUGCUUGAUGUGAAGAAGGGGUCAAGGCUAAACAUUGUCUGCCAAAUGGCCCACUGCGAACCCAUACCGCUCGCUUGCGAGGCUGAAGACACGAUUUGGGAUGUCAAAAAGAAGUUCUGCUCAUCUUUAGAAAAGUCGGAGGUCACACCGCAGCGCAUUCGCCUGUUGUGGCGCUACUGGGAGCUGAACGAUAAGGCCACAGUUGACUAUUACCACAUCCCCACCAAUUCAAAACUGACUGUGAUGAAGAAACGGGACAUCUUAGGGGGACAACAAACAGAAAGACGCAGGGCGCCCUCACAGAGACGGAGACAAGAUGUCCAGAGACGUCACGAACGCUGCGACGCCGAUACCGAUGAUGUGGCAGCGUGGCCGAAAGCACCAUCAGUUGUUCCACCAUACGAAAAGUAUAGACAAGCAUCCGGCCGUGAACCGCUGGAAGGCGAAGAUAAUCGCUCAAAAACGCCAAAUGCGAAUGGUAGCGCCCAAGUGGUGGAAGGUGGGGCGGAUCGGGACAGCCAUCAUCCCCCAAUUCGGGCGUGGCCCGCCUUGCCCCAAGAGCAAUUUGGCCGGGCUGUAAUUCCUCUUUAUCCGAUAGUCCCGCCCCUCUCCGGAGGAAGUUAUUAUAGAGAGCCUCGCGCACAAACGCCCGACAGGCGACCCGCCGUAGUGCCGGUGGCAGAGGCAACACAAGUUGUGGAUUUUACCGAGGUUCAACGCCUGAGGAUGGAGGUGGAGGAGUUAGGACGGCGUAUGGAGACCUGCGUCACAGAUCGGGCGGAGUUUUCGGCGAUGGAGGAAUCAUUCCGCGCCGCUGUGACGCGAGUGUCGGAAUUGGAGGCAUCCGUUGGCCGGGUUCAGAACCUACUGAAACGAGCGCUUCACUUGAUGUGA